UAAAUUAAAAAGAAUAUAAAUAUAUAUGUAUAUACAAAUAGGGCAAUCCCAAUUGGUAUUCUAGUAAGGCUGCACCAAAAAGCAAAUCGAAAAUAGGAACAAAAAUACUACUAUUGUAUCAAAAACUGCUGAUAGCUACAAUAGCGGCCCCACAAAUACGACCUUGCACUUAUAGAAAGAGAAAACAAAGCACAAAAAGUUUAUUGUGUUUCGUACUUCGUCCACUACACUAGUAUUCUACGUCGUUGCAGUGAAAAUUUUCACUUUCUUCAAGUGCUUGAAAAAUAAAGCAGAAUUAGUUGGAAAUGUACUAUUAGGUUUGACGAAAUUUAAAACGAAUGAAUAAAGUUUGGUUGUAUUGUUUUAUAUUACAAGAAUUUAUUUGGUGAAAAAUAUAAAGUGUAGAAGAAAAAAAACAAUGGGGAAAAUUUUCGGAUUUUCGUGAACCACAUACGCUAUAAUCGGAAGACAUUCUUCUCGUUUUUGCUAAUGGUAUUUGCACAAUACGCAUAUUUAAUAAAGUAGUUGUCGGUUAAUAAAUAUGAGUGUAACUGAAAUAGUAUAAUAUGCAGAAAUAAAUAUGUAUAAAUAGAAAGAGAGCAACUCAGUAGUAUAUAAAGGCGCCAAAAGCUCAAAUAAAACUCGGCACAAAAUAAACAUAACAAAAAUAAACAAAAAAUUGAGAAGUAUAUGAGAGGUAAAAUGGCAAAUCAACAUAAAAAUAUAAAUGAACAGUGAUUAAGUUAUAAUUUCGCCAACUGAUGUAUAGUUUUUAAUUUUUGUGAACAUAACAAGCCAACUCUGUAUUAAAUUUGGAAAGUCAAAAGUGUGCUUGUCGAUUACUUAGGUUGAAACUGUGUAAUUGUUACGAAUGAUGUGAUGUAAACAGUAAACAAAUAGAAAAAUACUACAAAAACAUAAAAAGAGGGCGCCAAACAAAAAGAAAGAAAUAUAUAACAUAAUCAGAAAAUACCAUGGAAGUAGAAAACCGGCCUAUCGAGCCGACGAAAAGUGGCUGUGAUUCAGAUGCGGCAAAUAUAUCUCCAACAUCAUCUAAAUCAGCCGAUUUGUCACAGCUUAAAAAAACCGAAAACUGUAAUGAUACUCAAAAUCAUAAAUCCAAAAUUGUCGACGUCAGAGAUACAAACGAAGAAGGAAAUAUACAACGCCAAGUAGAUAAUAAAGUAGUUACAAGUGCUACAGAUAAGAAUAAAGAGGAAAUAAACGAUGACACAAGUCAAGAAGAAACCUUAUCUGCAGCUAUUAAUUCUAAGGCCAACAUUGAUAAAAACACUGAAGACGAUAACAAGGCUGGCGUGUUGCAAGAAACAAUCGAAGAUGCUGAUCACGCUAACAUUACUGAAGAAAAAUUGAAUACCGCAGAAAGCUCCAAUGAUAUCAAUGCACAGGAGGAAUCACAGGAUGUUGUCGAAGACGAAGACAGUCAAAAGGAAUAUGCAUCCACUGCAGAUGAUGACAACAGUCUUUCGCAUUCAACACAAUCCCAAACACCACCACCAAAGGAUCAGACUACAACUAACACAACAAAUACAUCUAUUGCUACGGCAAUGGGAGUGGCAGCAUCUGUGGCUGUCGCUGCUGCCGGCUUAAGUACCACCAUUCCAGAUACAAUUCUCUCACCACCCAAAUCUGAAACGCAAACAGAUGAUGCUAAUACAGCCACGUCUUCUUCACCAGCAUCCGAUUCUCAACUUUCGCCUAUAACCGAUGCUUUAGCGGUAACAGGUAGCGCAGCGCUUACACCAACCACACCGCCUGAAGAAUCUGAUUUACCCUCUACUGCUUCUGCUUCAGCAGCUAAUGCUUCAGGUGCCGCCGCUAAUUCUAGUGGGUCAAAACCAUCAAACUCAACAGGCAAAAGAAGUGCGACGGUUGCUGCCGAUGGUGCUGUGGGUGGAAAACGAGUCGUACAACCCAUUAAUUUGAUUGCAAAUGGUACUAUACCAAAAUCCAGUGGGAAACCGCAAAUGUCAGCUAUGAAUAAAAAGUUGAAAGAGAAGGUAACGCGCACACCAAAACAACGGAAACAAAAAUCUACUUUGCCCAUUUAUGAAAGCGAGAUAAGCAACAACAAAACAGGCAUUAAACUGUGCAUAAAAAAGUCGGAUUCAACGGGCAAUUUGGCAGCUACCACAGGCGCAUUAACACCGCCUCUUACUGUAAAAUCCAUAGAGAGUACAGCAACUACACCAUCUAAGCAAACGCGCAAACGAUCACGGAAAGCUAAAUCAAAGGCGCGUGUUGAUAGUGAUGAAAGUGAACAAGAGGUAAUGCCUACUAAACGCGGCAAGAACAGAGGCGGUAAUGGGGAACGGCAGAAGAAAGUCUCUUUUAGCGGUAUCGAAGAACAAGGAGAAAAACACCGUGCCUCCAUUGAACAAGGCGACUGGGGUGCACGUAUACCACAAGAAUUACUAUACAAGAUUUUUCAAAGUCUAACAGAACGUGAAGGUUGCUUCCCAAUAAUCUGUCGUCUCGCGCGUGUCUGUACACUGUGGCGCAAUGUGGCGUUAACGCCAACAUUGUGGAAAAAUAUGGAUCUGGCUUCAUAUAUAAAGGAUAAAUUUCGUACCGAGUUAAAGUUGAAAUGGUUCAUUGACAAUCGUUGUAGUGAAUGUACAGAGUUGAAUGUUGCUAAUUGGAAAAUGACAGAUAUAAAUUGCUUUUUGGAAAAGCUAUCAGCUAAUUGUCAGUCCUUAGUUAGCAUCAAUUUAGCGGGCUGGAAAGGUUUCACGUCCGAUCAUUUAGCAUAUUUAACGGAAAAUAUGAAAAGAUUAGAACGAAUCGAUUUAAGCUCAGUUAAUGUGGAAAUGAAUGCAAGCAAGAGCGCUGUUGGUCCGCAAUCUUUGUGCAAUGCAUUACAAACAAUGGGUGAUCGCUUAACACAUUUGUAUUUGGCACAUAAUCGGCUGGCUGGAAUACCCCAGAUAGUGGCGACCUUAGCUACCCACUGUUCAAAUUUGGUGAAUUUAGAUCUCUCCAAUGUAACAACCCAAGCAACAUCACAUGGCAUCUUUCAUAUUGAGAAGCUUCAACAUGGUUGCCCCAAAUUAAAAGUGCUACGCGUAACCAAUUCACAUAUAACAUGGAGCAAUGCAACUUUACAGGAAACGAUGGAUUCACCCGGUUUUCCUGAGCUUGAGGAACUGUCGGUGGCAGCCCUAACUGAUGAGUGUCGCGUUAUCGGUGAUGAUCAUUUGCAACGCAUAUUGAAAACCAGCUCUAAGCUGAAACUUUUAGAUGUGCGCGGCUGCGCACGACUCACGCAUGAAAGUCUCAUACGUCUGCCAGCGUGGGACAUAAAACAUUUAUUUUUGUCCUUUUGCUCAGUGACGCGUGAUGUUGGAUCUGGCCUUGAGCUAAUUGCCUCUAAAUGGGCACAUAGUCUAAUUGAGUUAGACUUGGCCUGGGCGAAUGUACAACAGCCGCUUGAUAAUGCAUUACGCGCAUUGGCGGAAAAGGGUAGUGAAUCGCCGUUAGCACAUUUGAAUCUCUGUGGUUCAUCGGUUUCAGAUGAGGCAGUCAAGGAAAUACUUGCAAAUUGUGCGCACAUGAGCUCAAUAAAUCUCUCAUCGUGUCGUGGGCUGCCGCGCGGCGUUAAACGUCUCAUGCAAGGUCAACAGGAAUUACAAGAGUUACGUGAAGUGCUCAAAGUGCAAAUGAAAGUCAAAUUGCCCGCUCAAAUAAAACAAGAACAGGAUGAGGAGGAGCGACGGAAACGUGAGGCGCAAUGCGGCACAUCUGCUGAUGCAGAUAGUGGCGGUGGCGGUGGCGGUGGCGGUGGCGGUGGUGGUAAUAUUUAAUCCGAUUAAUAUUAAGACAUCACAGCAUAAAAUUUAUUUUUAAAGUAAAAAAAUAAAAAAUUGAAAUGAUAUGUCCAUACAUGUGAAAAUAAACACGUAACACGUAAAAUUCAAAUUAUUUACAUACAUAUAAACACAAAGUAUGUAUAUAAAUUUGUAGCUUAAAUUUGAAAUAUGAGCGUAAAAGAAAAGUUUUAAUUAAUAUUAGCUUUAAAUUUUAUUAUUAUCACCUUGUUUCUGUACUUUGAGCAGCACACACUACAUAUUGAGAGAAGAUUGAAAAGAAACAACAAAAACAAAAGCGGACUAAUCGGUUUGAGUUGCGGUUUAAAAGAAAAAUUUGAAAAUGUUUCUGCUGCUGGUAGCAGAAAGUCAUUUAUUAAAUUUAUGCAUUUUAGCAUUAAUACUUUGCAUAUUAUAUGUAUUUUUCUUCUUGUUUACAAGAGUUUUGAUUGUGCAUCACACUGGUAGCUUCCAAAUUAAUCACAAAUCUGCGUCACUAUUAAGUCAUUCGGCAUAAAUUUACUUCUUAAAUCUCUAUACAAUAUUUAAAAAAUAAAUUUGUGUAUUUAUAAUAUUAAGUGAGACUUUAAGUCAAACAGAAAUUUGCUUGAAAGCCUUUUCAUUGAAAAUUUCAUUUUAUUCAAAUAGUUAUGCAAUAUUUUAAUUUAUAUAUAUUUAUAUAUACACUAUACAAACAUUGCAAUACACUCAUUGAGACGCUGGUAUCCCCGCUAGUGGCAAUUAAUUUAGUUUUAAUUUUGACAACAGUUUGGAAAGAAACCUAUAAAAAUUUGUGUUUUGUGCAAAUUAGUGAUGUAGGAUUUUUCAGUGAAUCUUGUAAAGCAGGUAAUACUAAUGUUAAGCUUUGGUAAGACGUGUUGAAAAAUAUUUUCAAAUGAAAUUUAAACUUAACAAGAACAUAUACGUUGUAAAAGUAAAACAAUUUAAAUUGUACAAUAUCAAAAAA